UUCGCAAUCAUGAACGUGAACGAAAAGCCGCAUUGAAGCGAGGUGAACGAACCGAGCUUCGUGAAUACAGAAAUUUCACCGUGGUACCAACGUCAUCGUUCGAAAGACAUUACAUUCGAAUUGAUCGUAGAGUGUUUUAUCGCAUGUUGAGACAGAUAGAAUGUCCACAUUGAUUAUUUCGCAAUAAAAACGGCGGCCCAAAACAGGAGCAAGACAUCAAAAGUAAAGAAUGGGAUGUAUUAUGGCGUCUGUAUUUCGACAUCGAUAGCAUCGAAAGAGAACCGAGAAACAAAAAUGAUGGCCAUGCAACAAUAAAAUUCGACAACUCCAUUCAAACAGAUGGUGUCGGUAUGUCAUUUUUGAUGGAACGAACAAAAUUCAUCAUUGAAAAAGACGAUGAAGAGCGUAUGAAAGAGACACAAGAGAUGCUUCUGAAAAGCCAACAAGUGUAUGGUCUCGAUCCUGGACUACGUUUGGUCAUUGGUGGUGUGCGCAUUAACAAUUUCAACGAUCGAAAUAAUCGCACUGAAACAAUCAUUCGAUUGACAUCGGGCCAAUACCAAGAUAUGAUAAAUUCAUCGCGACGGAACAAAUGGCGCAAAAAGUUGACAAUUGAAAUCGAUGAAAAGAUGCGUCUACAUCGUGAGUCAUUUGAUGAGCAGCCUGGUCCACGAGCCGAAGAUUGAUCAUAUUUUGCGUCAUUUUGAAGAAAAGUUCACAGCAUACACACAGUAUGAAUACGCUUUGCAAGCAUUUCUCCAGUACAUUGACACGAAUAGAGCACUUGAUGCAUAUGCAACCAAGCUCAUCGAUGGUAAGCAAACGUUCAUAUUUGUCGGUGAUCAUUUCAUUGCGGCAGAUUCACCAGCCCUAGGAUAUAUUCGAUCGAAGGUGCGAGAUUUGUUCGAGAAGUUGAAACGUCGCCGUAAAUGUACAGUGGUCGAGGUGGACGAAUUUCGGACGACCAAAUUUCGGACGACAUAUGUUCGUUGUGCUUCCGUGAACUUGAAAAACCGACAAAAAGAGGCAAAGUAAAGGAGAAAUAUCGCUAUCUCACAUGUCAUGGACAGUGUUUCAUAUAUCGCUAUCAGUAUCCGUCCACGUAUGGCAUCAAAAUUUCGUAAAUAUGAAGAGAAAACUCGAAUUGGGCGUACUAUCACCUGGAAUCGUGAUGCAAAUGCAGGUCGUAACAUUCUCUACAAAGAGCUACAUCCAGCAUUUCAACGGCAUGUUGAAGAAGAAGAAGAAAAUGCAGGAGGAAGAGAUCCACCGCCAGCACCACCAGCACGAGCUCGACAAUCAAGACGAGCAGCAUCCAAUCAAAAUCAACAAACAACACAACGAACAUUGCGUUCUCAUCUGGAUCAAGCGCGGAGCUCUCGGCCGUAAGCCCUGGGUUUUGUGCGGGAUUUCAACGUGGUCCUACAAUUCGCUACAAUUAGUAAGUAUUUAAAUUUAAUCCUACAGUGCUAAAAUUU